UCUCAUCUGUCAGCCAUUUCUCGUUUGAGCAAAAAGCCGUUAAUUUUCAAGAUUGUGCGGUUGAAAUAAUUUGUUUUGCUGUUCUUUGUAAACUGAAAUGUGAAACUGUGAAACAUUUUGCGGAAUAUUGUAGUGUUUUGUUGUUUAUUGUGUGUUUAACAAGAAUUUAAUACAAAAUGAGUUCAGACAACUCGGAUUCGGGGCCUGGCUUAACUUUGUCGUUGGUGGCUCAAUUCGAUGAUAUAAAUCGGUUGAAUAAUAUUCUUAACGACGGGGCGGCUGAAGAAUGUUUCCUAGCCUUCCUAAAACAAAUGGAAUGGGUCCGAGGCCAAUGGGCCGCAGCCGAGAAGGAAGCAGCUCGGAUACAGGCGGAGUUGGAUGAGGCACUCCGAACUCUUGCCAAGUGGGAGGCCAAGUUCGCACAUGUCAGGAAACUGCUAGACGGAGAGAAGAGAGAAAGGAAUAUUGUGCUGAAGAAAUAUAGUGAGCUGAGCAAACUACUAGAUAUGGCUCGUGAUCUUCUGUUCAAUGACAACAGAGCUAAGCUAAAUGAUGAGACUCUGCAGAAGCUUGCAUUCCUCAAUGGCACUGCUCAGCAGGAUCACAAUGCUAAGCUUCAUUGUGUGCCUGAACUUAAUUCUACAGGCACUCUCCUCUCAGAGAUGUCAUACUCCCGCUCAGAAGAUGACUUGGACCUAUCCCUGGCUUCCACCCGUCGCUCAUGGGUGGGGCGAGGCGGGUGGAACGCGCGGGAGAACGCGCCCGCCACCAAGAAGCGACGCAGCUCCAGCUCGUCCGCUACCAAGGUAGGACAUAAGACGGUGGAGUUGCAAGGUGGUAAAGUGCUGGCCACUGCUACCACUACACUGACGCUGGAACGAGCGCCCACCAGCCACGAUCUGAAGCCGCCCAAUAACUUUCAACCAAUAUCAGAGAGCAGUGACGAGGCCCCAGCUCCGCGCAAGUCGUCGGCCCGACUGUCGGCCAGUCGCAUGCAGCACAACAUGAACAUCAAGGAGGAGUGCACACCUUCUGCGCCGCCUCGUACUGACACAGACAGCGGUUCUGAGACGCCCCGCGCGGUGCCGCAGCGCACUCCGUCGGUGCUGUCAGCCUUCGCCGCGUCGCCGCGCUCGCGCCCGAGACAACACAACUUCGUGGCCAAGAACUUCUACAAGCGGGAGACUUGCGGACCCUGUGGGAAGACUAUAAAGUUCGCGAAGCUGGGCGUGAAGUGCGAGUGGUGCCGCGCUCAGACCCACCCCGAGUGCCGCGCGCUGCUGCCGCUGCCGUGUGUGCCGCCCGGGCCCGCCGCCCGCAGGCCCAACCAGCCCAUGGAGGGUUGUAUCUCAGACUACGCGCCAUCCACCCCGCCGAUGGUCCCGGCCCUGCUAGUGCACUGCAUCAACGAGGUCGAGAAGCGAGGGCUCAACGAGAAGGGGAUAUACCGCAUCAGCGCUACAGAUAAGGACGUUAAACGGCUUAAGGAACGUUUCCUCCGCGGCUGCGGUUCCCCGUCCCUCGCGCAGGAGGACAUCCACGUGCUGUGCGGCUGCAUCAAGGACUUCCUCCGCUCCCUGCGCGAGCCGCUCGUCAGCGCCGCGCUGUGGGCAGACUUCAUGCACGCGGCGACACUGCACGAGCCCAGUGACGCCUCCGCCGCUAUUGUACAAGCUGUGUCACAGCUGCCGCAGCCCAAUAGAGAUACUCUAGCGUUCAUAGUGCUGCAUUUGCAGAAGGUAGCAGAAAGCCCGGACUGCGAGAUGGGCAUCGACAACUUGGCGAAGAUAUUCGGCCCCACUCUCAUCGGAUACGGACUCAUGUCACAACCCACUGAGAUGUAUAACGCUACUGCGCAGAUGUUCAAUGUGAUGCAGCUUCUCCUCCGUUUACCAUGUGACUACUGGUCACAGUGGGCGUGCCCCGGGACUGACGCGGGCUCGCCGCUGGGCGCCACGCUCCCAAGACCGAGAGGAUUCUUCUUCUCGCCCGCUGAUACUGGAGUAUCCAGAAAAAAGAGGAACUACUUCCAGUGACAAUCUUCAUCGACCUUAUUGUUAGUACGUUAGAGUUCAUUUUCGUUUGUUCAUUGAAAAGAACAUUUAAGUUAACCAUUACUUUGUAAAUUCUAACUUUUUAUUUAUAACUUACUGUGUUAGUUAUGUUUUUUUUUCUUUCAUUCAUACUUAUUAAUAUAAUUUUGACUAACUUAAGUUAUAGAUCAUUAUUAACUUAGUGACAUUUUCUGUAAAUUAGGUUUAUUGAUAUUCCUUUAAGAUUUUUUUUCAUUAGUUUUAGAUACAAGUUGUAGUUAUUUUUCAAAAUCAUUUCUUUACGUUUCCAUCUCAAUACCAUAUGGAGGUAAAAUAUUUAUAGCUAUUGAGCAACCAAAUCUACCUUAGCACUCAUAGACAUGAUACCUCCAAUACUCAAGAAAAAGCCUAUAUUGUAUAGUUUACAUUUCAAAAGACAUUUUCAACAAUAUUGAUAUAUUCUGUCACAUCUUCAUUAAUUAAUGUAUUUUUUUUAUAAUAUGUAAGCGUUGAGAUUGUUCAUUUAUGUCCUAAAUAUAAAUAAAGUAUUAAAAUAUAAAACCAAUCCCAGUUUUCUUUACCCAACUUUAAAAAAAGAGGAGUUUUGUAUUCUAACAAUCUCAUAACUUACAAUGUGUACUUAAUUUUUCUUUACUAUAGGUAAGUUUAAUAUUAUUUGUGAAAAAAUAAAUUCGCUUUACGAACACUUUAUUGUAUCCACUUUUUUAUUAUAAAAAUGGAUAUAAAUCUGGUUGCGUAUUCUUUCUUAUAGCUAACUUUAUGGUAGUGAAAAAAGCCUUCUAAAAACGCCCUCUAUAUUUUACACCAUAUUCCUACGCCAGCAGGUCAACCUACUCGAAUCUGUAAAAUUUUACCAAUCGAACAAUAACCUUCCACUAUUGCAAUAAGGUUGAAAAUCUAUUGAAGAAAUUUGACAGAUUGAGGUAGGUUGAUGUGCUGAUGUCUGCACCUAUAUGUCACAGUCAGAUUGUAUAAUCCCAGCGGGGCCCAAUAAGGCCAGGCCUGCUGGGGCUGCGGGUUGUUCGAAAGAGAUACCGCGGCCCUGGUACAUAAAAGGCCUACGACGGAUACGCGCGAUUUUUAGUCAGUAAGAGUCUGACACUCCCUCACCGCUGCUAACCCACAGCGGGAAGGGUCCUUUGAUGAUUUUUGACUUGUAUAAUCCACCACUUUACAUUAUGGCUAACCAUCAUCUAAAACAGGACCGUUUUGAAAUGCGGCGGCUCAACAAUUAGCCGGAUUCUCAUUGCAAUCAUAAAGUUAGCUAUAAGAAUAAUCCCGUAGUAUUAAUUUUGUUUUACAUACAUUUGUACGUAUUUUAAGUUCUUGUUUCCGUUAUCGUGACGUCACGCUACCGCCUACGAUCAACGACUUUGUAAUAUAUCUCUGUAUACGUAGUUAUUGUUAUAAAUAUUUGGGCGGAAAUUAAGGAAAACAUAUACCUUCUGAAGUUAUUUUAUAAGGUGAAAUUCCCCGAAAAUUCGCUUAUCCCACCUUAUGGCUCAAAAGUGGCAUUAUAUAUCAUUCUUAUAGUUCUCGCCAAACGUUUUGUCGUCACGAAAGAUUGCGCAAGUUGCUGCGCAGAAACAAAUUUUAGGUAUCAAUAAGUGACGGAGAUGUAUGCCAAAUGUGCGUAUUUGGGGUCGGAAUUUAGCUGCAAACCGCCAUUAAGAUUUGCAAGAGCUUGACAAGAGUAAAAAUUGUGGGAAUUUCACAUCUUUUUGUGUAUAAAAUUAUAUUUGUAAGAUUUGUUACAUUUAGAUUACCGUUCUGAAUAAUUCCUUCGUAGAUGGCUUUUGUUUGUUUCACGCAGCUUUGUUAUACUUUAAUAAGUAGUGCUCAAGCCAGUGUAUACCUUAUAUAAAUUAAGAGCGUGUACGUCAACCGCGCGCCAUUUGGCCUAAAAUGGUACUUUUCAAAAAACUGUUUCUCAGUAACUACUUAUCCUAUAACUAUGUUAUUUUUUAAUAACGCAAGGUAAUUUCACUGUCUAUAUAGUUAAUUGAACAUAAAUUUCAAUUUGUGUAGUUUAAAUACUUAAAACCCCUAUAACGUAACAGAUGUUUUAUAAAAUUCCCGUUCAGCGUCUAUUUCGAAGCUUAAAUUCAUGUGAAAACAGUGGCAAAUCUAAUCAUAUUUAUUUUUUUACUCAUAGACGAAAUCCCCAUGCCUAUAGUUAAUUGAAAACAUUUUUUGAUUUAGGUCUCUAUCUUUCAGAAAAAAAUAUUUUAACAAUGUGAAAAAUUGUGAAUUUCAAAUGCUUUUUUUACCUAUCUAUCUUACUUAAUUUAAUAUAACAAUUAUUUACUAUAGUAAUAUAACUCUUUCUUUAAAACAUAAACUUUAUAUUAUAAUUUAA